AAAUAAAAGUGGUAAGAGAACAAAGUCCAGCUUAAAGAAGCUCAUCUCUUUACUCAUUUCACGAUUCCCCCGUCUCGUGUUUCUCUCACACUUGGUCUUUUGAGUUUCCUUCUUUGGUCUUUCAUCAAACAAGACCAAAGUUGAUGUUUUUUACAGCCUAAAACAGAGACAGCCACAUAUACAUGUGUUAUGUCUCCAUAAUCCCAUUAUUACUAAACUCACCACCACUUCACACUUUCUCUCCUAAAAUUUCCAGAUCCAACACAAACCCAUCUCACAGGAGAGAAUGGGAGUGAUAUUGGACUCUUGGUGCUUCUGCAAAGGAGUAAGCAAAAGCGAGAAGAUGAAAGGUUCCAUUUUCUCCGGCAAAGCUCCGGCGAUGGCUCGAAUCUCUGUCUCCGGACCAAACGGUGUUACUUCAGGAACAGGGUUUCUUAUUCACCGGAAUCUACUUCUCACCACUCAUCUUAAUCUCCCUUCCAUCUCCGCCACCGAAACCGCCGACGUCCGCCUUCAGAACGGCGUCGCCGCCGCUCUCUUCCCUCACAGGUUUUUCAUCACAAGUUCGGUUAUUGAUCUAACCAUAGUUGGUGUAGAUCUUGUUGAUGGAGACUCAAGUUCUCAGAGUCAAACCCAACAACAGACACAUUACUUGAAGACAUGUUCUAAACCAAACCUGGAGUUGGGAAGUGUAGUGUAUCUUUUAGGGUAUGCUGCUCAGAGCGAGCUCAAGAUUGGUGAGGGGAAGUUAGUGGUAGCUACAGACAAUCUCAUCAAACUAUCUACUGAUGAAAUGGUAUGGAGUCCUGGAUCAGCUGGGUUUGAUGUUCAAGGGAAUCUGGCAUUCAUGAUCUGUGAUCCGAGGAAGUUAGCUACAUCACCAGCCUCAACUUCGACAUCUUCCUCUUCAUCGUUGAAGAAGGAAAGCAACAAGACGUUGAUGAUGCAGUUUGGUAUACCGAUGCCUGUGAUAUGUGACUGGCUGAAUCAGCAUUGGGAAGGUAGUUUGGAUGAACAUAUGACCAAACCUAAGUUGCCUCUUAUUAGGUUAAUGUCUUCUGGUCAGAAGAGUGAGCGUUCUUGUGCUUCAUUCACCAUGCGCCCUGUCUUCAAGCCGACUGAUUCUGCUGAUGUUGGAACACCAUCUUCAUCUAACGCUAGAGAUCAAACUCAUCCAAGCUCAGAGAAGGGAGAAGAAGAAACCUCAAAUAACAAUCCACAAGGAAGAACUACUACUACUACUCAUGCACAGGGCAUCCCAACCCCUGAGAUAUAUGAAUCACCAAAGUUAACUUCAAGCCCUUUAAGAAAGGAGUCUAGUCAACAAGUCCAUCUUUUGGAUAUCAACUUCCCGCCACGUGUACCUAAGGUUCCAACCUUUCUUCCUCAGCUCAACUAUCCACAGAGUAACCAUAUGGUGGAAGAGGCUGAGAUUGCCUCUCAAGGAUCAGAUGCGCAGAUUGCUUCAACAGGCUCAGUGAACGGCGCUCUCAGUGAGGUCAUAUCAAGCUCACCGCCACCAGAACCUCACUAUGUAUAUCACAAUCAUGGAUACAGCAGCGAGGAAGAGACAAUGUACUCUGCAGAAACAGCUGAGAGCCGAAACUAUCCAACUCCACCAGCGAAAAGUCAUGAGAGAGUUGGAAGAAGCCAAAGCUGUGUGAGCUCCAGCAACAGAUGGGGGACACCUCAGAAGAGUUUGAGUGGUAGAAGAGCAAUGCUGGAGAAACAGAGAAGCUUUGUCCAUGGGAAUAAGAUGUUGCAUUCACAAGGAGCAACCUCCCAGAGGAGUAAUGACUAUUACAGCCCAACGGUCUCAUCAAUCAUGAAGAAAAGGAAUAAUAGUACAGAGAAACCGAUUUUCAAACCGGUGCCUAGACCUAGAGCUGCUAGUCCUUCUUCACAGAGAUGGAUGUUCUGAGAUGGAUACAGACAAGAGAAAGAGCCAAACACCUUCUUUGAUAAAAAGAGAGACAUCUUUGUUUAAAAUUUUGAUGUCUUGCAUUUCUUGUACUACUAAUUUGAUUUCAAACUCUUGUGCAGACAUAUUGAAGAGACGUUACAAAUAGAAAACAUACAGUGUUGCAGUGUUUGGGGUUAAGCCCCCAAAAGCAUUCUGUGAUUUUAAAUUCC